AUGGUGGGCAACACGCCCGUGGUCAAGAUCAGCGACAAGCUCGCGCCCGAGGGCGUCGAGGUCUACGCCAAGUGCGAGUACUUCAACCCGCUGUCGUCCGUCAAGGACCGCCUCGCGGUCGCGAUCAUCGAGGAGGCCGAGGCGUCGGGCGCCUUGAAGCCGGGCAUGACGGUCGUCGAGGCGACGAGCGGCAACACGGGCAUCGCCGUCGCCAUGGUCUGCGCCCAGCGGGGCUACGACUGCGUCAUCUGCAUGGCCGAGCCCUUCUCCGUCGAGCGGCGGCGCCUCAUGCGCAUGCUCGGCGCGAAGGUCAUCGUGACCCCGAAAGCGGGCAAGGGCACGGGCAUGGUCCGCAAGGCCGAGGAGCUCUGCGCGGAGCACGGCUGGUUCCUCUGCCACCAGUUCGAGAACGAGGCCAACUGGAAGUUCCACGAGGCGACGACGGGCCCGGAGCUGUGCCCGGAGAUCGUCAACGACUUCAAAGCCGCGGGCAAAAAGCUCACGCACUGGGUCACGGGCUACGGCACGGGCGGCACGUUCCACGGCGCGGGCAAGGCGCUCAAGGACGCGCUGCCCGACGUGAAGAUCGUCCUCGCGGAGCCCGAGGCCGCGGGGUUGCUCGCGUCCGGCACCCCGACGCCGCGGAACGCGGACGGGUCGCCCGCGGAGUCGCACCCGGCCUUCGCCGCGCACCCGAUCCAGGGCUGGACGCCGGACUUCAUCCCCAAGGUGUUGGACGACGCGCCCAUGGACGCGCUCAUGGACGAGCUCUUCCCCAUCCCCGGCGACGCGGCCGUCGCGACGGCCAAGGCCCUCGCGGCCAAGGAGGGUCUGCUCACGGGCAUCUCCGGCGGCGGCACCAUGUACGCGGCCCUCGAGACGGCGAAGAACGCGCCCAAGGGCUCCGUCAUCCUCGCCAUGCUCCCGGACACGGGCGAGCGCUACCUCAGCACGCCGCUCUUCGCGGACAUCCCCGCGGACAUGAACGACGACGAGCUCUCCAUCGCCAAGUCGACGCCGUCCUUCCAGCUCAUCCCCGGCGAGGAGCCCGUCCUCGCCGCGUGA